AGCGAGACUCCACCCCCAGCAUCCACCGCGUUGCCCUCUCUGGCAAGCAGCAGCCGACUCCGCCUCGCCGCCUCGCCACCCCGCCCCAGCGGCGCUCCAGCUCCUUGAGCGGGGAAAAGGGAGAGGAAACGACUCCAUCUCCCAGCAGCCCCUACGGCGGUGCGGCCUCCAUCUCGCAGUCCGGCGGGCGCGUGCGUGGAGGCCGUUGCCGUUACUGGCGGGGAGCGGGGAGGAGGGGGAUGGCGGGAGUCAUGGCUGACAGCGGGGCUCCUCCGCCGGCUCCUGCAGGCGGCCCUGGGGCGGCGGCGGCCGGCGGGGCGCUGCCGCGGCUACCGCUGACCGGGGCCGGAGUCGGGGCACCGGCGCGGCUGGAGAAGCCGCUGAAGCAGGCCUUCUACAACACGGGCGCGCUGGUGCUGGCGGGGCUGUGCUGCGGCGCGGCCGUGCUGGUCUACUUCAUCCUGGAGGCCUUCUUGCGGCCGCUGCUGUGGGCCGUGCUGUGCGGCACCUUCCUGCAUCCCUUCAAGCGGUCGUUGACGGCGCUGGGCCGCCGCUGGCUGUGCCGCCUGCAGCGCUCUCGCGCGCCCCUGCUGCCGGCCGCGCUGCUGCUGCCGCUUUGCUUCGUCAACUACGGCGCCGAGGCGCUGGGCCAGCAGGUGCUGCGCCGCCGCCGCGUGCUGUUGCUGCUGGGCGCCGGUGGACCCCUGCUGUACGGCCUCGCCUGCCUCGGCCACUCGCUCGGCGCCCAGGCGCUGCUGGCCGCCGCCGCCCGCCUCAUCUGCCGGGGGCUCGACUGCUUCAGCAGCCAGUGGAUAUGGACCUUGGUAGCUGGUUAUCUGUUGACCGUUUCAUUCAAGUGGAAUGCAAGUACUGAACGUUACCUGAGGGCAAUCUCUGUUCCUGUCUGGAUAAUAUUGCUCUUCCACUUAGCUUCGGUGGCUGGUUCUUGGCGAAUUCCAGUAUUUCUGGUAAUAGUUUUUCUGAUGACUGUUGGCAUGUUGCAUGAGCAACAGAUUGGAAAGGAGUCUUCUGGGACAGAACUUCCUGGUCAAAUGAUUUCCAUUGCGGCUUCUGCAAUUGCUAUGGCAAUCACAGGAUAUGAGUCAAGUAAUGAAGAACAUUCAUCACAACCCUCAGGAACAGUGGAAAGUGAACAAUGCCCUCCUACUUCAUCGUCGUCUUCCUCCUUAUCAGCCACUUCUGGUAGACAGAAGCCUGAAAUUAGAGCUUUUUUUAGAAAGAAGAAAACCAGUGAUAUCUAUUUUGUUACUCUGGUAUGGGCCAUCAUCAUAGUCCAGAUCUGGUUGAAUCUCUGGAUUGUGCAGUUACUGCCAGUGCCUAUUGCAGUUUGGGUUCUUAAAAAGCUUGUGGUCCACUUUGGAGUUGUGAACUUCAUGGCAAAACGUUGUAGCAUGUGGUGGCAUGUUCUGGAAAACUUUGUGAAGAAGCGGCAAGAAGCCCUCGCUCCAUGGCCAAUCAGAGGACUUGGAAGGGUCAUGCUAAAACUUGACAGCAAGAUGAUCGUGUGGUUGGAGAAAAUGCUUGAUAAAAUCAUUAGCAUUUUCAUCAUAUUCUUGCUAGUCAUAGGAACUCUUCUGCUAGCUCUUCUCCUUACCGCAAAGGUACAUCAAGAGAGUGUUCACAUGAUUCAAGUCACAAGCAGCUUGAUCAAUGAAACUGUAGCCAAUCACCCAGAAUGGGCAAACUGGCUCCCUGAAGCCCAGGUCAUUCAGAAAGCUCUUAAUUCAGCGGCUAACAACGUAUACCAAUAUGGCCGGGAAUGGAUCACACACAAGCUCCAUAAGAUUUUAGGAGAGAAAGUGAAUAACACUGCUGUGAUUGAAAAGCAAGUUCUUGAGCUCUGGGACAGACUCUAUCAUUCAUGGUUUGUGAAGAAUGUAACAUAUUCUGGAAGACACAAAGGGCACAAGUUGCACAUUAAUCGUCAGAACAGCUGGCUGGGUGACAUUUUGGACUGGCAAGAUAUUGCUUCCUUUGUUCAUGACAACAUUGAGACAUUUCUAUCGAUCUUGGAGUCUCUGUGGAUAGUAAUGAGUCGCAAUGUGAGCCUGCUGUUUACCACAGUAACAAUGUUGGUGACUAUCCUCUUUCAUAGUGGGACAGCCCUUCUCAAUUUUGUGCUCUCACUGGUGAUUUUCCUCACCACGUUGUUUUAUCUAUUAAGUUCCAGUGAUGAGUACUACAAACCAGUGAAGUGGGUGCUUAACCUGACACCCUUGUCACAGCCGGGGCCAACUUCAAAUAUCAUUGGCCAAUCUGUGGAAGAGGCUAUAAGAGGUGUGUUUGAUGCUUCUCUCAAAAUGGCUGGGUUCUAUGGACUGUACACCUGGCUGACUCACACCAUAUUUGGAAUCAAUAUUGUCUUCAUUCCAUCAGCUCUAGCAGCAAUCCUUGGAGCUGUACCAUUUCUGGGGACAUACUGGGCAGCAGUACCUGCAGUUCUAGAUCUGUGGCUCGUCCAAGGAGAAGGCUGCAAAGCCAUUUUGCUCUUGGUUUUUCACUUGUUGCCAACAUAUUUUGUAGACACAGCAAUCUACUCUGAUAUAUCCGGAGGUGGCCAUCCUUACCUGACAGGUCUCGCAGUAGCUGGUGGAGCAUAUUACCUGGGAUUGGAAGGGGCAAUUAUUGGACCCAUACUUCUUUGUAUACUCGUGGUUGCCUCUAACAUAUACAGUGCCAUACUAGUGAGUCCAACAAAUUCAGUGCCCACACCAUCACAAACGUCAUGGCCUUUACAGAUAUACUGGUCAUCUAGAGAGAGUCCUGAGGAAGCGAAAAUGACUGCAGAAUGAUUUUGACGCCAGAAUGUACCUAUUCAGUAUGAAGUAGUUGUUCUCUUCUACAUUGAGGUUGGAACAGUUGUGGCCUUCUAUCUCUUCCAGCUGUCCCUAGUAACAGCUCAGUGAAGCACAAUUUUUUUUCUUUUUUUUAAAACCUUCUAACAUCUGCUGGCCUUGCAUUAUUAAGCACUUUAUCUUUGCAAGAGAGGAUGUCUACUUCCCAUUGCUUUGCAUAUUACCAUGCAGAUUUAGAGUUCAGAUGCCUUGUUUGUUGACUUUUUUUUCUUCAGAAAACACCUUGUGAAAGAGAAGUAUAUCCACUGGAGUCAGGUUGUGAUCUGCUGAAGUGACUAACUAGGUAUUUAUUUUUUUUGGUUAUUUGUAUUAUUAACUUUUGGUACCUUUGAACAGAAGCUAUGUUCCAAACCUUUUGUCACUGGGAUCUUUAGCUAAUCUAAGAGUGUAUUUCCUUAGAAACAUUAAAAUAUUUUAAUAGAGUAAAGCACUAAUUAAUUAUCUGUUGCUCCUCAGCACAUUUUUGACCAUCUUUCACUUCAUAGAAGAUCAAAUUUAGUGUGCUUUAUAGGAUGACAAUGUUAAUGUCAGAGAGUGGUGCUUCCAACCUGCCUAAAACUAACAAGACUUGCGAUUUGUGUUAAGUAAGAGUUAUCCACAUGCAGCAUAGGAAUAUUUGUUCAAACAAUUUAAUCCUUGUGUUCACUUUUGAAGUAGAAUACUAUCAAGUGUUGCUCUUUGGCUUACAACUUAACCUAGUGCACCAGGGUCUCAAUAGGAAGAUGUUCCCUGUGGAUUCUUCUUGCCUGCUUGACCAGAUGUAUUGAAAGGACUUAUGGUAGAAAUGAAAUAGGGCUACGUGUCUGCUUGCAGUGAUUGAAAGAGGCUGAAUGAUGAAUGUGUUCACACUCUAUUUUUCAAAUAUUUUUAUUUGUAUUUGUUUAUUGGGGAAGUAGUGAACAAGGGAGGUUAGACUUUUUAAAUAACUCUGUCUAAAUAUCCUGGCAAAAUAGGCAGAGAUCUGAAAUUCUUUAAAAUGUGGUAUUAUUGAGGUUUGAGAAUCAGGACAGUGCACUAUUGUUUUUCUCUAACCUAUCAUUCUGCUUGGAUUGGAGUUUAAGUGGCACCUCUGAUUUUUCAUACAUGGGUGCUAAUGCAGGCUUGAAUUCAUGCAUUGUUUCCACCAAAAAAAAAAUGGAGGUUUGUUCUGUAAAAUGUCUUAUGCUCAAAAGAUACUUAUCCUAAAAACUAAAUUUCACUCCACCUAUUGUUUAGUGAACACUCCCCUGAUCAACAGGGCCCAGGACAAAUGAUCAGCUUUAUGUUUAGCUAGAACAUAUCUAUUCAAUUCCUGACUGAAUCACCUUGAAAUUUAUGGCAGGGUUUCUUUAUUCUUAAGUGUUAUGCCAUGUGCUACACUGUCUAUUACAUUGUAAUGCCAAAUACCAGUACACAAAUCUGACCACAUAAACUAAGUUACUCUUCUAUAAGGCCGUAUAUCUGGUUCUACCCAAGUUGCAGAGAUUAUAAUAAAUUUUUGGGAGACUUCUGUCAUGGCAGUGCAUGUGUUCAUAGAUAAACCAUAAUAUUGAAUUUUUAGUUUCCAAAUAGGGCUCAAAGCAUGAUAUUUAAUACAUAGCCAAAUAUUGUAGAUUUGCAGUAAAAUGGCACUAUCAAGAGUCAAAUUUUAAAUAACAGAGACUAAAUUCAUGCUUAUCUUCUCAUUCUUGACUUCCUUAUCUAAAUAAAGAAUUUUGUGUGUGUGCAGCUUUUGCACUUGCAAAAUUGCAGGGCUAAAAUUGGAGCCCAGAUGAGGCCUCUUAAAUAUUUAGCCUUAAGGAUUUAAUGAAAAAUUACUAAGUAAAUAAUAUAUAUAUGCAAUUCAUAAGCAAAAUUCAAACUGAUACAAAUAUAUAGAUGUAUCAGUUUGAAUUUUGCUUAUGAAUUGCAAGGUUUAUAGGUUAAUUUAACAUGCUGCACUGUGUAGACACAAUAUGUGCAGUUAUGGGUGGAUGUCGAACUCCCAGUUCUUUUGCUUUUAUGGGAUCAAGUUAGAUAUUUUAAGUAAUUUAAUAUCUCAUUGCUUUAUACAUGACAGUUCUGAAAAAAAGUUUAGGAUCUUAUAAACUGUAAAUUUUCCUGUGAUAUUCAAACUAGUAUAGAUGAGAUUGUCAUGACACUUGGGAAAGUGAUGUAUUUUUCUAUAUUAGUUCAUGCUUCAGAGUUGUAUAGCAGUAUGAGUCUUUUUUGGUCUAUCAUGUUACUUACUGUGUGCUGCCUAUCCCACUCCCUUCAGAGCUAUACAAGAGGGAAAUCACUCCCCAAAAACAUUAUAUCUUUAAUAUUUUUUCAAUAUUACUUUGGUAUUUUUUUCCACUGUCAAGUUAUUUGUAUUAGGGAUUUUCUGUCUGAUUUUUUUCUGACCUGAUUUCAAAAUCCUGAAUUUGAUGUUAAGGUUCUUUCUGUGGUAAAACAGACUCCCAUAACCAAAAAAUAAUGAUUUUUUACUAAAGCAUCCAAGAAGUAACUAGCCAGAGAGAGAGUUCUCUUCACAUAAGGGGAUAUUCAUUAAUAAUAAACUAAUUCAGUAAAUUGAGAAAAUGUUACUAUUUUGAAGUGUUUCCAUUGCAGUUUGAAGAUCAUAAUUUUGUGUGGCGUUUAUGCGUGCUUGGUUCAAGAUUGGUUGGCUUUUUAAAUGAUUUGUUGUACUCAAGACUUCAAAUACAACUAAGAUUUGCUGUUAAGAAUCUAUUGUUAUUAAAGUACUUUUUUUUUUUUUUUUAACUAACCCUACAUUUUAAGAUCAGAAACUCUGCCAUGGCUGCAAAUAGAGAAACAGAGGCUUUGUUCUACAUAUAUGUGAAGUAUGGGAGUCAAUAGCAGUUAACUCCUCUUUAAAAAAUAAAAUAAUCUAGUUCUCCAACUAUAACAUCUUUCAUGAAAAAGUACGAACAUUUUGGUUAUCCAGUUUUUAAUAUGAACUUACUGUAGCAUUUUGAAAAAUAGUGCCAAAAGGAACUAAUAACUUGGAUCUUUUCACAUUUAAUAAUAGAUAUUUUAUGGAAAUGUGCAGCAUCUGAAAACAGUAGAAAAAAAAAUCAACUUCACAGUUCAUUCAAAAAAUAGAAGCUUUGGUUUUAUACACCUUAUAUGAAAUUUAAGCUUUUAAUCCACUUGUAGAUACCAGAAAAAAAAUUAGAUGAUUUAAUGCACCUUUUUCUUUAGUGAUAUUAAAUUGUAGGCUCUUCUGAGUAGGGUCCUUCUUUUACUCUGGCCUGAUACAGUUUGUUCCCUUUGUGUUACAGUAAAGCAAACAUUGUAAGCUAAUCUUUCUAGAGUAUGUCAGACAUUGCACUGAACAUUGCAUGGGAAAAUAGAGAAUUAAUAAUUUAACUGUUUGAAGAAGUCUGUAAGUCUUCAUAAGAUGAACCCAAGAUGCGUGUCCAGAUGAGUGCAGUUGUGCAGUGUGUGGUGGUGCAAACACAUUUGCAGUGCCGCAUACUGCACAGUCCAAGGUUCUCUGCGCUGCCCGAGUGUGUGCUGCACCAGGUUUUUUUCCGCAGGCUUUUUUGACCUGUGGACAUCCAGAGGUCAAAAAAACAGUGGAAAUAAGAAAUGGAGCAAUGCAUGCUCGACCAGUGCAUGUGCUGCUGAAAAGUGAAGCCGGCCUGCCCAAAGUCGCACUCUGCUGCCAGUCAGGCUCCGCGUGGCAGAAUCACCAUGGCUGCAGCCCUGGGACACUCCCAGGACCCCAGAUAAGUUUGCUAGGGCCCCAGCCUCCUCCUCCCCACCCAGGGUAACUUGCAGCACACCAAAGCGUGCAUGCCUCGGGCAUUCCCUGGGGACAAGAAGUGGUGGUGCAACGUGUGCCACCGCUACUUGUCCCCAGGGAACCAAACAUCCACACACAUCUGGAUGUGCCCAAGCAGUGCAUGGGUGACGAUAUAAAAUGUGUCAACUGCAUUAUAAUGAUUUUGUUUAGCACAUAAAGUUUGUUGCAGAUAUAGUUGUCCCAUGGUUCACACUAUUGUGAUUUGUAUAGAAAAAUGAUUCAGUCUGCCUUCAGUAGCUUUCAGCAUAUUCCACAAGUUCAUUUACAUUUUUAUUUUUGUUUUAAUUGUCUGGUUAGGUACAUUAGUUCUAGUUAGAGUAAUUACUACAUAAGGAAAUCUGAUCUUUUUCUGGAAAAUUACAGACAACAAGAGAAAAUAAAAUUUUGCAUAUAGAAAAUAUAACUACAAUCACCACUGUUAAUAAUGCCAACUUCAUUUCCACAAAAUACAUGUGUAUGUAGGUUUGUAAAGUUAAAUAUAAUCUUAAAAAGCCUUAAUCUACAUACAAUUAUAGUCCUUUUAAACAUCUUAAAAGAAAAUUCUGCCCUCAUAAAGGUUGAAUACAUUUAGUAUUUGUGUUAUAAGCAUACAUUUAUUAUCACAUUCCAGUGUUCAGUGCUUGUCUGACACUAAGGUGAAAUAGCUAAGUCUUUUAAAAAGAUGCUUUUGCAGUAAAGCCAUCUGAAUUUUUAUAAGUGAAUUUAAUCAUUGUUUAACAUGGGCCAGCAUUUAGUUUUUUACAAGCAUUGUUGGAGUUUGCAGUUUUACAAGCAAGAGGAUUGGUUUCUUAAUCCAAUAAACCAUUCUUCUAAUUACAGAUGGCAUGCAUUAAUUCUUCAGAUCCAUCAUCUUCAACAAUCCUUUUUAUUAUCCUUUUUAUUAUUUUAUUAUAAUAUAAAAAUUAUUAUAUUAUUUAUUUUUAUUAUUUUUAUGCUUCUCUUUUAAGAGUGAAAAUGUCAUUUUUCUCCUCUUCUUUCUAUACUCCUCUGAAUUACAUAAAUGCAACAAUGCAGUUCUUCCCCUUUCAUUCGUAGUUGUUCUACAAAAUAGAAUUGUUUUAGCAUGUCUAAUAAAUACCACACAGUUUUCAUCUUUAAUCGUGCAUUGUUUCGACCAGGUUAAGUCAAGUUUUACUGCAUGCUUUAUCAUGAAUGUCCAAAAAUAUUUUUUUUUAUAAAGAUACGAAACACAAAAAUGCUAUUGGAAUCUUGGAAAGUGAGUUAGGUGUCCUUUAACCAGAAGCAGUUUCAUAGGUAAUGAGGGAAUUCAAGGAUUCUAUAUCUCAUUUGUAAGUCAAUAUAUUUAUACAGUGUGCGUGCGUGUGUGCUCACAGAAAAGGAAUACAUCUUGUAUUUAGAUUUUUUUUAACUGAAACUUUGUCUUCGAAUUCCUAAGACAAUCCAGGAAAAAAAAUUCACACGGUGACAGUAUGUAGUGAAAAUAAAAAUCUUUCUGAAAUUCCUAUAUUUAGUUGGCAACGGAGUGACAGAGCAAAUUGGUGAAGAAAUUGAAGGAGAGAACCUGGCAAGUAUCUGCUCAGGUGACUAAAAUAGUUCUGAUUUAUUGUAGCAUAACUAAUCAACAGCUUGUUUUCUUUUCUGGUCAAGACUAUUGGUCUUGAAAGUAUAUGUACAAGUUAACCAAAGUACUUCCAGCCUUGAGUCUUGAAGUAGCAGGCUUUCAAUCCCCAAAUUGUACUAUUCUUUUCUCGCACUUAGUUGAAUACUUUGGUGACUUAUACACUGCCAAAAAUGAAGAUUAUUGCUUUACACCACAAUAAAUUAGGUUCCAAGAUGGACAGUGUGUUUUUUGGCAACAGACCUGAUUCAGGAAAGCAUCCAUUCAUAGCAGAUCACGUUGAGGCUGGUUUUCAGGUCAAGUACGUGUUUGUGUUGGCAUGAACCUUGAACUUCAUAACGUGUGGUGCUAGUCCUACUGAAAAUGGCAUCUUUUAGGGUAGGGAUGUUCAACCCCCAGCCUGCAGAGCCAUGUCAUCUGGCCCGAAGGGGUCCCAAAGGUCCAAAAUGUUUGCAGCAGCGGAGUGUUAACAACAAUUGCCAUUCCCCUGCUGCCAAAUUUCCAGAUCCUUGGUGAGCCUCACAGACCACAUACCACACUGGAUCUGACAAUGAAGGUGGCCCAGGGCCUGAUUCAGGGAAAUAGAGGCUGGCUAGAGAUAGUGCAGGCCCUGAUCCUGUAAUUCAGGGCUGUGGGAAGCCAGUUCAAAGGCCAGUCCUGGCUCACAAGUCCUGAUCUGGUUCCCAGGCUGGCCCCAAGCCUCUCACCCAGUCCGCACCAGAAAAAGGUUGAACACCACUGCUUCAGGUUUGUGUCUGUUUGCAACAAUACAGUGUUAUGUAGAAAAGUCUGAGCUAGCCCUGAACAAGCAGAAUAAUUGAAUAGUAUUUUAGUCUAUGUGGAAUGCUGUCCAAAUGCAACUCUGCUGCUCUGGUACCUAAACUUUUUUGAGUAUCUUUAUGUAGUACUGCAUUGAGCUUUGUAGGCAUACCCUUAGUCAGGUUGGAAUUAUAGCAGGCAGGGGGAAAAGGUAUCAAGACCAUAUAGUUUUACAGUAUAAUGUAGCAUUCAUUUAUGGCUCUGAUGAUUUUUCAGCAUAUUGGAUUUAAAAAAACUGUUGUUAGUUUCUCCAUCUAGUCUUACUUUUUGUCACUGUACUAGAAGUGGCUAUAGCAAGUCUUUGACACGUAUUCAAAAUAAUUUUCAUUCUUUGCGUGAGACUUCAUCAUAGUAAAAAUAGAAGAGCAUCAUACAAUUGUAUGAUCACACAAAAAGAAAUAACUACAAGACAAAUUAGUUAAACCAAAUUGGCAUCCAAACUUUGAGGUUGGAAAAGUAGCAAAACCCCCAGAGUAGGCUGCCUUGCUCUCAGUCUCAACCCAAAGCUGCUAUGUCUGCUAUAAGUACCUUUUGGAAAGUGUUAGCGAAGGCUGCCUGUAAUUUUCUUGCUGUGUGAAUGGAUGUCAUGGGUCUUGGGUGUCAUCAUCCCUGAUAUAUUUCAAGCACUAAAUUCACUCAGAUGUUUAUUUCAGAUGCACUGCAGUGUUUAGUGACUAUUAGAAGGGGAAAAAUAUUUUCUAAGCUAAUAAUUAAUCACUUGAUAAACUUUUGGUACUGGUAGGAAGACCAUAUAAUUUCUCCUAAAAACCAAAUGCACAGAAACUUAGACAUUGGAUUCUAAGACUGGUUUGACUACUUUUCCUCAUUUACCUUUUGUAUAAUGAAGUAGAAGGUGUGCAUUCCUAUGUCAAAUUAUUCAUGGGGAUUUGGAACAGUAAUGUACUUUAUCAAGACGUGUGUGUGUAAAUAGACUUUUACAUGGAACGGGCUCCCAAGGGAGGUGGUGCUCUCCCCUACCCUGGGGGUCUUCAAGAGGAGGUUAGACGAGUAUCUAGUUGGGGUCAUCUAGACCCAGCACUCUUUCCUGCUUAUGCAGGGGGUCGGACUUGAUGAUCUAUUGAGGUCCCUUCCGACCCUAACAUCUAUGAAUCUAUGAAUGUUCAGGACAGAAACUUGUAAAAAAAGUUAGAAUUAGUUUUGCACAGUACUUGUUGUGUGUUUAUAUGUAUAAUACUGAAAAUGUAAACUCCGUGUCCACAUGUGGUAGAGCUGGAAACAUGAGUAGCUAAUGAAGAAAACCAGUAAACUUUCAAAAAUAUUUAAACUUUAUUUUUGACUUCUCACAACACAUUGUUUCCUGCUGCAGGUGUGGGCAGCUUUCAACAUAAUAUUGUAUUCACAUUGCAGUCUUUUGUAAGCACAAAUGUUUAAUGUAUUUUGAAAUAAAAAUAUGUGAAUAUA